GGGAAGCUACAACUCUAUAGUUUAAAAUUUAAUUUAGCAUCAUGGUAAAAUACUGAAUUUUGUAGAAGGAAAUAACGAAAUUUUAUCACUAUGCUUAUGUGGGAAAAUCAAACGACUGUGUUGCUUUUCUUGUUUUGCCUAUCGUUAGGUUCUCAAAAGGAUUACAGCAUAAUUGUGAUAUUUGAUAUGGGGUUUUCUCUCAUUUCAGUUAUUCUUGUUAUUGUUGGUUUAUGUGAAAAAUCUAACACUUUUUUCUAAUUGUAAAUGGAAACUACUUUCAUGUAUGAGUGAUGCCUAAGUGUUCAACAGCACAGGAUUCAGUGAAUUUUGAAGAAUACACAACAGAAAAUGAUGUCAAACUGAUAAAUCAUGAAACCAUCAUAAGUGACUGUAGUGUUGGGUCUAAUUCGAUUAGUGCUGAGAACAGCCCUGGAUUUAAUCCUCCAAAAAAUGGACUGAUUGCUUCUGCCCUGGAAAUACCUAAUUCUGUGUGCUUAUCCUUCGAACAUGUCGAUCCACAAAUGGAUUGCACUUCUGACUCACUCAAGAUAGACGAAGAAGUGGUUCAGGAUGUAAAACGUUUGGACUUAUCUGAUAAACAACCAAAGGAUUUAUGCACCGGUCAACAGCUAGAAUCUGGUAAAAGUGAAGAUUCUAGACACAAUGAGACAUUACAAGAUGAUGAAUUGAAGUAUGACCUUAUUAGUCCAAAGAAGUUUAAUGAAGUUAUUAUUGAUGGUUUCGCUAUUCUUUCGUUCAAAACCAAGGAAGAUAUGUUGGAAUUUACUAAGCUGAGUGAAUCACAGAGUUCUGGAACUGAUCCAUUACUUGAACAGACGUAUAAACGAGCUCGUCGAUGUGGUAUACCAAAGCGUAAGCGUACAAAAGGCUUUUUGAAGCAAACACUAUCACCAACAUCUACCUCGACUGAUCUGUUACGACAUUAUCACCAUCGUCAUUAUAAUCGGCAUAGUCAUCAUUCGUCGAAGAAGCAACACCACCAACAACAACAGGAGGAGCAUCCAGACCACCAUCCUAUUUACUCGUAUAAUACUCAUUAUGAGAAUAAUCAUCUACCAGGAUCAGUUCAUUUAACACCGAAAAAUAAUACAAGUAUCAAACAAAGAAUCAAUAAUAACAGUAAUAAUAAUAAUGAUAAUACUGUUGCUGGUAUUACUACUAUGACUACGACUACUACGGAGAUUAAUACAAACAACACUACCAAUUAUUCUCACUUAUCUCCAAUCUAUCCAUGUAAUAAUAGUCUUAUGAGUAAUAAUAAUAACAAUAAUAAUAAUAAUAAUACUAGCAAUCAUCAUCAUCAUCAUCAACACUCUCGUCAUAAUAAUUAUUCCAAUGAAAUAAUGAACAAUAUUAAUUCCAGUGAAAAAUUAGAUCAUUCAGCUGUCCAGUGUAUGAAUGAAUCAUUACCAAAUUAUAGUCCAUAUUAUUUUACAACUAUUACAUCAGUGUCAUCAAUGCCUUCUCUGCCCAAUUCAUCAGUAUCAACAGCAUCUCCAUUAUCUCCUCAGUCAAUGACGACAUUAUAUAAUAAAACAAAUCAAAACAGAUCAAAUAAUAAUAAUAAUAAUAGUAAUAGUAAUAAUAAUGGUGUUAAUGACGACAAUGACAGAAAUAUUCAAUUCACUGAAUAUUCUUCAAUGAAUUCAUUAAAUCAUCAUUCUGACAUGAUGAUGAAUAUUACAUCAUCAUCGUCGUCAUCACCAGGAGUAUGGAAUUCUCAAAUAAAGAUGGAGUGUGUUCCCCCGCAGAAAAUUGACAAGACAACAUAUGCUAAACUAUGUGAUAUUGAUGGUGUUAAACCAUUGCUUACAAAUCCUUUAUCAGAUAAUUGUAAAAGAACUGAAUCGAAUAAUAGUAGUAAUAACAGUAAUAAUAACAAUAAUAAUAAUAAACCACAUCAUUUAUUCAGUGUGGCUGCUCUUACCGAUGAAGUUAUGCACCACUCACCUCAUUCAACAUCAGAUGAUUAUAAGCCCCAGUUAACGAAUAUAAAAUCACCAAAACCUAGCCAAACUAAUAGCAAUAAUAAUAAUAAGAAACGAAUGUAUAGACGAUCAGAACAAUCCGAUACUCCAUCAUCUGCUUAUGAUAAUUAUGAUAAAUCAUCAUCUAUUACACAUUCCCAGCGUGAAUGCGCUACAUAUACAGACCGGUGUACUACUAUCACUACAGAUAACAAAAAUAAUGAAACGCCUAAAAGUGGAAUGAUGAUGAAUUUAACCAGUCGUAAUAACAAUAGUAAUAAUAAUAAUAAUAUUGAUCGAAUAUAUGAUAAUAUGUCAAAAUAUUCUUCACUACCACUGUCCUCCUCAUGCUGCGUUGCCUCUUCCUCCUCCUCCCCAUCAUUGUCAUCUGGUCAUCAUGUGGUAUCAUCAAAUCAAAAUUUCAACAUGAACAAGAUGAUGUCAUCCGGACAGCGUAAUUCUUCCAUCGAUGUAUCAUCGUCAGCAAGUCAUGCACAUAAAUUGUCGAGAGCAGGUAGUGGGGAAGGCAUGUUAAAUUCCAUGCAGCACAAUUUACAAUUCAAUCAAUUUAAACCAAUGUCGUCAGUAGUACAGUCAACGUCAACAAAACCAUCAUCAUCAGUAUCCUCGACAUCGUCAGUGUCGACAAAUAUCAACUCAAAUCCGCCACUACUUCCGCAUCAAAAUUUAUUAAAACAAUUCAUGGGUAUUGACUCACAAACAGCCAACCAGUUGUUUAAUGAUCCACGUUUUAUGGAAUUGUAUGCACUAACUAUGGCUACAUUAAAUGGCAGCAGCACCGGUGGUCGUGGUGUUGAUGGUAAGGAGCCUUUGUCAUCAUCACAUCGAAUCCCAUUGGUGAAUCUUGAGAAUACAACUUCAAAUCCAAUUAGUAAUUUUAGUCAAAAUAACAAUAAUAAUAAUAGUAAUAACAAUAAUGCGAGCAAUCAAAUUAGAAAUGGAUGUAUCAAUGAGUAUUCGCGUAGUGAUCCAUCAUUACUUUUGACGGAAACAAUGUCAUCACAUUUUGGCCAUGUCAAUUCUUCAGGUUUUCAAAACAAAUUAUAUCCAUAUAAUAAUAAUAAUAGUAAUAGUAAUAAUAAUAAUAACAGUACGACUGGUGCUCCUCCUCGUGUUCCUCCUCUAUCCGGUACUAAUUGUUCAACUUCGUGUACCUCAGUUAACUGUUCACCUUCAAUCAAGCGGCCUCCAUCAAAUUCUGAAAGAUUCUCACCUGGAAAUCCACAAACUGCUCGAUCUCAGGCGGCUGUAUUGGCUGCUGCAUAUGCUGAUCGUGAAUUCCUUUCUUCGCAUAACAAUAAUACUAAUAGUAAUUCAACAUCGGGUAAAAGUAAAUCUUCAUCAUCAUCAGCAUGUACAAGUCUACCGUCAAGUAGACAUAAUAACAACAACAACAACACUAGUGUACACAAUUACAGUAUGUCUAAUAAUAAUAGUAGUAAUUCAUCAGUACAUCCAACACAACGGAUAUCCAAUUUCACUUCGAUGGCUCAUUCUACUGGAUCAAUAGAAUCAGUGUACAAUUCUAAAUCGAAUCCAGUUAACUUCCAUCAUCAUAAUCAUCCUCCUCCUCAUCAACAUCAACAUCCACCUUCUUCUUCUUCUUCUUGUUCUUCUACUACAAAUUCUCCGAUGCUUUUAUCAUCUACACGUUCAUCCUCAGAAUCGAUGAUGACUGAUAGAAAUUUCAGUUCACACCCUUUAAAACUUCCCAAUGGUGAUCCAUACAACAUCUCAUUGCCAUCUCUUUCACAGGAUGAUCGUAAUUUGAUUGGAGUACAUAAAUCUGAACAUUUACCACCACCACCACUACAGCCACCUGAAUCAUCUGCUCAUCGAUCCAAUUUACCACUUCCAAUGAUGCCACCAUUUCCAUCAUCACAUAUACCUCCUGAAUUUUUAAAACAAUUUUUCAAUGCCGAAUCAUUUUUAUUUCCUGGUUCCAAGAUGAAUUCUUCUUCAACGAAUUCAACAAAUAUGACGUCGUCAUCAUCAGCAUCUGUGUUAUCACCGUCAUCGUUACCAUCAUCAUCAUCCAGUCAACAGUUUCAAUCCCCUUUAUUACAGUCAAUGUAUUUCCCUACACGUGGAGGAGGAGGUAAUCAACCCAAUCGGACAGUGGAUAAAAUCAGUCAUACUGGUAUACUUCAUCGACCAGUUCGUGGAGAUAAGCCAUAUGGUCGAUGGGCUGAUGCACACAUACGUGUCGCUUUGUUCAUUCAAUAUUGUGAAUCUAUGCAGAGACCACAGCCGUCCUCAUCGAUGCCAUCAAUGUUUCCAACGUGUCGAUUACCAAUUCGUCCAAUAGCUAGACGUCUAAAUCCUAGUGUACAUUCCUCUGUAUCAUCGUCAAUAAGUGGACAGGCCGUGCAGUGUAAUCCAACUAGAUUACAACAGCAUAGUGAAUCUGGAACUAAUCGAUCAGUCAAUAUGCCACCUCCGCUUAUUCCCGCUCCAGUUUCCCAGCCUCCUCGAUCGGCAAACAAUAACGACAACAGUAUUCCUCCAGAUGCAUCAUUAUUUUGGCGACAUUUAUUUAAUGAAUUCAUGAAUAGUUUAUCUAAAGAAUUUGUUAACAAUUUGCCAGAUUGUAAGGAUACACAAAUGGCAAUGUUACAGAAUUUCUUUUCUCAUAUGUCCCAGUUCACUUCAGCACUAGGCGGUCCAUCUUCUUCGUCUUCUAAUUCCACUUCAAAAUUACCUUUCAGCACUUCAACAGUAACACCAUCAUUAUCAUCGUCUUUAGCGACUUGUUCACCGGUUACAAUUGGGUCAAGUAUUGGAAAUUACAGUUUCCCUUUAAUGACUCAAUCAUCCAAUCUACUUCGUACUUCACCUUCUACGUCUUCAUCUUCUUCCUCUACCAGUGGUGUUCGACCGUCGUUACCGCCUUCAGGAGUAGGAGUAGGAGGAGUUUCUGCUCCUGUAAACUUUAAUUUACCAACAGGCCUUUUAAAUCCCGAAAUAAAACGUAGACGAACUGAUUCUUUUGGCAUGGAUACUACUAAUCAUCCAGGUAUACAACCUUUUCCUCCUCCAAUGCGUAUGCCUCCAUUUCCAAGGCCAUCAAAUCCUCCUGUGCCUGGUGUAUUAUCUCACCAUCCUCCUCCUGCUCCUCCUCAUCACCAUCAAGAUCGUCAUCCAUAUCCUCCUCACCAACAUCAUCAAUCUCAUACACAUCAACAACAUCAUCAUCAGCAACAACAACUGCCAGUUCAUGGUGCUCCUCCGCCUUCUCAUCCAUUUCCAGGUCAUUCAGAUGUGAUAAACAACGCAACAGCUAAUUUCCUGAAUGGUUUCCGUCUACCUGAUACACUUUUAAACAGACUACCGCAGCCGCCACCACCACAACCACAACCAUCACUACAUCCUCAACACAACACCGGGUCUACUUCUCUUUCUAACAGUAAUACAACUAUGAAUGAAUCUUUUCCUUCAAAUGAUAAAAAUUCUCGAUCAUCAAACACCACAAAUACUGCGUCUCAUUUAGUUCCUAUAAAUCCAUGGUAA